AUGACGUUCGUAAUUCUCCCCCUCUUCUUGUUCCUCUCCCUUCAAGAUGCAAGUUGGCUGGCCGCUGUGGAACAGUACAUGCUUUCGGAUCGAUACUUCGCGCCGCAUGCCCGCUUCUACGUUCGUGAGAUGCGCAUCCGUGCCUACAGUCAGCACCUGGACUCCUACAGUAGUCUCAGCCUCGAGAGCAUGGCUGCCACCUUCGGGGUGACUAUGCCAUUCCUGGACGCGGAGUUGUCGCGCUUCAUUGCCAAUGGACGGCUGGCCUGUAAAAUUGACAAGGUGGCCGGUAUUGUCGAGACGACCAGGCCAGACAAUGUCAAUUCACAAUACCAGGUGAGUUCUGCCCUCGUACUUGUACUUGCUUCGGUUGUCGUCAUCAUACCUGAUCUAGCCAGCCUCACUGAUGUCACUGACGGUACCCAUCUACGCGUGACGAUUGGCAGUAGCGGAUCUUGA